AUGGAAGACCAAGUCAAAGCACUAAAAGCACACGUCUCGUCACUUAAAGUCCAAGUCAGUGCACCAGCUUCUGUUCCUCAAGAAGAAGAGAAGAACAUGUUGAAUGCAAGAAUUGCUGGAAUUCAAGCCAAACUCGAUGAAGAAAGACAGAAGGCUGACAGUGCAGAUGCUGCUCGAAAGGCUGCUGAUAUCAAAUUACAGGAAAAGAAGAAUAAGGAUUUGGAGGAAAUGGACAAGAUGAUCAACGACUUGAAUGCUGAAGUCGACAAGGCACAGAAGCAACUUGACACUGCAAAUGAUGACAAAGAUGGCAAUAAAGCGAUGAAACAGAAAUACCAAGACGAACUGAAAAGCGUUAGAACUGAACUUGAUCAAGAAAAGAAAGACCAUUCCAAGACCCAAUUGAUGAAAGGCAAGUACGAGAAAGAUAUCGCUGAAAUC